GUUAACUUCGUUAGGUUUAUGUUAUGCAAUUUUUGUAUAGAAAUCUUCACUAGCACCAAAACUGUGUAAAGAUAAUAAACUGACUGCCAACCUGAUUUUCAGAACUGUAAAUAUCGUUGGGUUUUGAAUUAUUAUUCUUAAUGGCAAACGUCACAAGCAACUCCACAACAGUUGCACCAACUACUGUACAUUACACAACUCAACCGAGCAACAGCACAAUAUCAGCACACACAUCAGGUGCAGUUUCAACAAGCACUUUCCAUACGAAUUUGACAACCAGCGCUGCAACAUGGAACACCACAUCCGCGUAUAGUUCCUCUACUGUCUCACCUUUCAACACAACCUUGCCAGAAGUAAAUGUGACCCCAACUACUAUUUCUCCAUUUACUUACCCUUGUCAUGAAGCAAAUGAGAGCAGAUGUCUGCGUAUUCUGUAUGAAGAUGUUGGUGAAUCCAGAGUUCGCAUUUGGGAUGUGGUUUUAGUUGUCCCCAACACGCUGUUCUUGAUCUUUGUCCUUUACCGGAUGCGUCACGUGUGGCAUCGAAUUCUUUCUGGCAUCGGAAGUGGCGGAAGUCCCAUUUUUGUUACUUACUUUAUUCUUGUAGCCAUCACUGCUGUGGUUGGAGUGAUUAGAGGAAUUGUGUCAAUGACAGUUGACAGUGCAUCGAUAUCUGGUGGAGAUGCAAACAAGAUUCUGUGGGUAAUUCUCAGAUUUUUCUUACUCACUGCUGAAAUGAGUGUGCUUGUGUUUGGACUUGCAUUUGGUCACCUUGAUAGCAAAACAAGCAUCAAAAGGGUUUUAUGUGUAACCACCAUGUUGGCUCUUAUCUAUUCCACAAUACAGUGCGUUCUUGAGUUAAUUACACCAGACGUGCACUACGAGGUGCCAUCAUCAAAGUGGGUUGUGUAUGGUCAUGGAGGGGCCACCUUUACCUUUGUUACUUCAGUUAUAUUUUUACUGGUUUAUAUCUUGAUAGGUAUCUUACCUUUUAUCAAGUGGUUGCAAAAAUAUUUAUCUGUUCCAAGUCGCAGAUCCUUCUAUGUUUAUGUUGGUGUUAUGGCGUUCAUGAAUUUUAUUGCUGUCAUUGGAUCCGGUUUGCUUUUCUACUGUGAUAUGGUUGGUCUGUGCUUAAUUGAUGUGUUUUCUCUUGCUUACUUCACCUGCUUUGCCCCACUUUUGUACUGGACCUUCCUGAGCUCCUACUUCUCAAACACACAGCCUAAUAGCACAUUGUUCUCAUACUCCAACCAAGUAGAUGAGGGACUGACAGAUGUAGCUGAUUACGACAUGCCAAGCAAUGGGAUCACGGUGGAUUCUACCUUAAGUGGCAUUCUCGUGUUUAACCAUGGAGACCAGGAACCAUACCAAUCAUCAAAUGGAUUGAUAGAUGAACCACUUCAUGACUUUGCAGAGAUGCCAAGAAGGAGUUUUGACUCAACCACCAACCCCAUGGACAGCACCCAUACCUUUUUUAAUGAUAGUAUAAGCUAAGCACAAUAUUGUAUAUUAAAGCCACACUAGUAUACUCUCUGUAUUUAUAACCACAGCACAUUAUCAUUGUUGGAGAUCCUAAUUAGUUUAGGUGCUUCUGUUCCUAUGCUUCAUAUUUUAACCACUCAUUGUAAAUUGUGCAAAUAUGCUUCCAUUAUAUUCGUUACCAUCUGCUUGUUUUGCCUUGAGAUUGCUUUAUAAAACAAAAACUAUUUUCUCAGAGUGUGUUAGCCUUCUUUAACUUAUUAUCCUAAAUAAUAGGGGUAUACAGCAUUCUUUUGGUUUACUUUAACUUAAGAAGUUUUAUUUUUCAGUGUUGAAUAAUUCUUACAUUUGAAGUUGCAAUUUAUCCUUGUAUUAAAGUGACGUGUAAGUUCUUAAAAUAUAUUCGCAUAAACU